AUGGGGUUCGAAAGAGAUAGUUUGUUGAGAAGAGCGAGUCGCAAGGACUGUGCUGAUGCGCAGGACAAGCGUACCGGAGAAUUAAUAAGCGAUAUAGAGCUAAAGAGGAAGGAGAAACAAAAAGCGCUGAAACUCUACGAGCAACGGAGGAUGGUACAGGAUCAGGGAGCAGAGAUUAUAGUAGGCUUCGAGCCCCUUUUGCAGAAGACACAGGAGCUACAGAGGCUGGAGGAGACCUUGCAAAAGAAGCGUAGUACUGUCCACGAUUCUGAGGCUGAAAUCAGUGAUCUCCGUGACAGAGACACGCAAGGCGCCGACAACGGACUGUUACUGACGGUACUUACGUCAAUGAGUACGGUGCAGAUGAAGACUGCUGCGACUCUGAUGGGGAGAAUGACAAUCCAACAAAGGGCAUCGUCGAGCGUCAAGCAAUUGUUUCAAUUGCAAGAUUCACUGGCUCCCAAUAGUCAUCAAAACGGCCACCCCUACACACACAUCGUCGAGGCCGUGGGUGGGUCUUACUUCAAGCCCAUCCUGGCAGAGACAAACAUAAUACGCAAGACUCUUACGGCAUUCCGGUACGUGGUUACUUUCCUGGGCUAUAAACUCUAUAUUAACUACGAAGUAGGCUCCGAUGCGACUAGUGCUCUGCCAGAGCUUGAUAGGACCUUUGAUAGAAAGGCUGUCCUGCAGGCACUGCGUGACAAACCGCCAGCCGGGCGUGAGGCGGUAUGGGGUAGAUACAUUGUCAAAAUCGAUGCAGAGAUUGAGCAAAGACAGGAGGAGGUGCUUCAAGACAUCCGUGAUAUAACGGAGAAGAGCUGGACUGCGGAAGAACGCCGGAAGUGA